GCAAAGAAAACGGGAAACAACCAACAAAAUCAGCGGUCCAAACCUCUACCGCCCUCGUUCUUCCUUGUGCUGCAUUUCAAUUUAUAAUCUCUUCCAUGGCGCCUGUGACUGAUCGAGCCACAGGCGCCAUUAUUGCCGCCAUCUCUGUUUCUGUAGUCCUCUUCUCUUACCUUCUUAUUAAACAUCAUCCCAAGGAACGCUCCAGGAAUAACACAAAACCCUUCUCUGUACCGAAGAGAAGUCCAAAAAAUGGGGUUGUAGGCGCCAUUGGCAACACCCCUUUGAUACGGAUUAACAGCCUCUCUGAGGCCACCGGUUGUGAGAUUCUGGGGAAGUGUGAGUUCUUGAAUCCUGGUGGGAGUGUAAAGGAUAGAGUUGCAGUUAAGGUAAUUGAAGAGGCCUUAGAAUCUGGUAAGCUGGUUGAGGGUGGUGUAGUUACUGAGGGAAGCGCUGGAAGCACUGCUAUAAGUCUUGCUACAGUUGCUCCAGCUUAUGGUUGCAAAUGCCAUGUGGUUAUUCCAGAUGACGCUGCUAUUGAAAAAUCUCAAAUACUUGAAGCACUUGGAGCUCAUGUUGAAAGGGUAAGACCAGUGUCAAUUACACACAGAGAUCAUUAUGUUAACAUUGCUAGAAGGAGAGCAGCACAAGCCAAUGAGCUAGCUUUGAAGCGAAAAACUGAAGAGCAACUAUGUGUGGGAGACUUGGAACAAAUUAAUGGUCACAUUUAUGGGGGAGAAACCCAAGAUUCUUUCUUAAGUAAUUGCGAAGGUGGCUUCUUUGCUGAUCAAUUUGAAAACUUGGCAAAUUAUCGAGCUCAUUAUGAGGGUACGGGACCAGAGAUUUGGGAACAAACUGGUGGGCACAUCGAUGCCUUUGUUGCAGCUGCAGGAACCGGUGGUACUGUGGCCGGUGUUUCCAGGUUUCUCCAGGAGAAGAAUCCAAAUGUUAAGUGUUUCCUCAUAGAUCCACCCGGUUCUGGCCUGUUCAACAAGGUGACUAGAGGAGUUAUGUACGCCAAAGAGGAGGCUGAAGGACGAAGAUUAAAGAAUCCUUUUGACACAAUAACUGAAGGAAUUGGAAUCAAUAGAUUAACGCAGAAUUUCUUGAUGGCAAAACUUGACGGGGCAUUUUGUGGAACAGACAGGGAAGCUGUUGAAAUGUCAAGAUAUCUGCUGAGGAAUGAUGGGCUCUUUCUCGGGAGCUCUUCAGCCAUGAAUUGUGUUGGAGCUGUGAAAUUGGCCCAAUCAAUUGGCCCCGGAAAAACCAUUGUCACCAUUCUUUGCGACAAUGGAAUGAGGCAUCUGAGCAAAUUUUUCAGUUCAGAGUAUCUGAGUCAAUACAAUCUGACGCCCAAGGCUACUGGCUUAGAAUUCCUCGAAUCCAGGUGAAAUGGUAGAGCUAUGAGUCUCAGAAUGUCGUGUUAAAGAGUAUGGAGGUUUGCGUCAUCAUGAUAUGCAACUGAAUAUAGAGAAUUAACAGCACAUCAUAUUUGAAGGUCUUGAAGUAACUAAACUGUUGUAGAAUGUUGGAUACGAGUAAUUCAUCGAGAUAUUCAAUUUUGUAAGACUUAAGACAUUGUUGUUCGGAAGAUUAAAAUCAUUCAAUGAAUUAGCUUCACCAAAUCUCUGCUUUGUAAGCAA